CGUCAGAUAGAAUUUGAGUUGGUAUGAUAUACCUUGGGACGAUACUAUGGCAGUUGAGUGAACACUUUCGUUGCAGUCGGCAGUGUCUCCAGUUUCCGAGGUCUGGAAAAUGUCGACAAAGAACGAAUUGGAGCCCAAAGCGGGCAGAAGCAAUGACGCAACAGAAACUACACCAUUGGUAGCUAAAAAUGAGGAUUGCGAUGGUGGCGAUGGGAGCCCUAGCAAAUCGGAGAAUGGAGGUCUAUCCGUCACGCAGACGGCAUUCCUCAUUGCUGGCGAGAUGGCUGGCAGCGGAGUCCUGGCGCUCCCUCGGGCUUUGGUCAAAACUGGCUGGGUAGGAGUCCCAAUCAUCAUCUUGAUGGGGGCAGUUGCGGCGUUCAGCGGGAAAAGACUCGGCGAUUGCUGGUCCAUCAUCGAGGACAGAGACCCUGAAAUGAGGAGCAGGAAGAGGAAUCCUUACGCCAUCAUCGCCGAUCAGGCCUUAGGCAAGAAAUGGAGUGUGGCCGUCUCAAUGGCAGUGACAGUUACUCUAUUUGGAGGCGCGGUGGUGUACCUCCUGCUAGCCGCACAGAUCAUAGAACACGUGUUCUUGUCCUUGGUCCCCUCGGUCACCUUCUGCGCCUGGUACCUCAUCGUGGCCGGGGCAAUGACCCCGCUCAUGCUGUACGGAACGCCUAAGGAUAUCUCUUUCACCGGAGUGAUAGCGUUCGGGGCAACAUUCGUCGCGUGCUUAUUGUACUUUAUCCAAAUGAUGAAUGACGUGAGACCCUUUGUCUACCGCUACGGCAUCCACGGGUUCCAGGACUUCUUCCUGGCUUUUGGCACCAUCUUGUUUGCCUUCGGAGGAGCUUCUACCUUCCCAACUAUCCAAAAUGAUAUGGCUGAUAAGAGCAAAUUCAGCAAUAGUCUGCAAUAUAGCUUUGCUGCCAUUCUCUUGCUGUACCUGCCGAUCGCGAUCGCCGGCUACGCAGUCUACGGCGAGGCAGUGGCUCCCAACGUGAGCACCUCCCUUUCAGCCACUCCUCUCACUCUGGUGGGCAACAUCCUCAUGGCCCUCCACCUGGUCGCCGCCUUCAUCAUUAUCAUCAACCCCGUCUGCCAGGAGAUGGAGGAACUGUACAAUGUGCCUAGAGACUCUACAGGCUGGAAAAUGGCCGUCCGUCUGUCCAUAAUGGCCGGGAUCCUCUUCAUCGGCGAGAGCAUCCCUCGCUUCUACACCAUUCUGGCCCUCAUUGGCGGCACCAGCGUCGCUCUGCUGACCUUUGUUUUGCCUUCGCUGUGUUAUCUGCGCCUCGUGGAACAACCCGCCAGGGAGGGACAGAGUCCUGUUGAGACCCCCGGGUGGAUGAAGAUGGUGUGCUGGGAGGUGAUAGCCCUGGGGGUGAUCGGCGGCAUCGCAGCUACGUACAGUGCCGUCAGCGCCAUUUUCAGCACUGCUCAGGCCACGCCAUGCUAUCUUCGGUAGAGUUAUAGCUGACACAUAGAGUGCGAAAUAAUCUAAGGCUAUAGAAAUGGAUUUCAUAUAUAUACAAUAAACUGCCUGCGUCUGUAAUUACUUUCAUAAAAUUACUUUCGUGAUAUGAACGACAAAUGUCUAAUCCAAUAUUGAAUUAAAAAAAGAUACAAGGCAUCUGAAAUUAAACAUUAAUAAUACAACCGUUUCAAAAUCUAAUAAUAUAGAAGUCGUAAGCACUGGAGAAUGUGAAGUUGACAGUUUUACAACUGCGCAGAUUGCGCAAAUGAUGAAAUGAAAUGUAUUUAAAGUUUACACGUGCAAGUCACAAGUUCAAUUUGGCAUUUCUAUUGUCUUAUAAUAUUUCGGUUUCUAUAUUUAGAAAGCGUUCGUUAGGGAAACGUGGUUUUAUCACAGAAUGUUAUUGUGCCAAUCAAGAUUUAAGCUGUUGUAUUUUUGUACAAUCUUUAAAUAAAGCCUUGGUUAUUGGUCUAAGUGUAAACCAAAACCUAAUAUUUUUUGUAUAUUUGAAAAACCUUAUUUGGAUCAAUAUGCUAGUAUAGGUUUAUUUCUUUCUCGAAUGCUAAAUUGCCAAGGAUUCAUUUCCCAAAUACAGAGAAAUGGGUUUCCGUUUAACAAAUUCAUUUUUAGUCCUGAAGUAUAAAGCCGAUAUAAAUAUCGAAAUAUUCUUUUAUUGUUAUAUAUUAAUUAAACUUCUUAUGUAUAAAAAAAGCUUUGUUAGUUACUCAAUCAAAGCAUAAAAACGGGUCUAUUUUUAAUAGGUUUGCAUACAUUUCUUUGUAGGUAUAUUCCAUAACUUAGACAAGAUUAAUUUUACCUAAAAGUGUAGGUACCUACAAUGUAUGUAAGACUUAACGAUAAAUGCCAUAUCAAGGAAUUUAGUAAGUUAAAGGCAAAUAAGUUAGAUAUUUUUAAUGC